UUUGUUGUGACGUUUUGUCUUUGUGUGAACAACAUGAUGUUUUGACUGAGUCUGCCGCAGCAGAUGUGUGUGUGUGUGUGUGUGUGAACUGACUGACCUUAGGUGUUGAAGAAUCCGUUAGACGACCUGACAACCCAAGAACUAACUUGACUUUUGAUGUUCAUCAGUCGAGGUCAUUGAUCAUUUCCCUGAGGUGUAGACACUUUUGGAUUUGUCUUAUUUUGUUUUAAAAACAAACCCCAAAUCAACUGUAUUGGUUUUGCCGAAGCUCUAAUUCUAUUCAUAGAAUAAUAUUUUUAACUGGGCGGCGUGUUGUUCACAGAUUUAUUUUUUAUUGGUUUUGCUCCAGGUUGAUACGUCCUGGUGAACGGAGUCUGUGCGAGGCUGAUUAAAGAAGGAUUCCUGAAGUGUAUUUGACUGGAGGUUGGACAGAUUCCACUGCGAUCGCACAAAUCUGCCAAACUCUCCCAGAGACACUGUUAAUUUUUAACAGAACACACGUCUCGUGGUUGGUGUUUUGUUGCUGUUGGAUGAAGCGUUCAAGUCGAAGUGGCCGCAUUCCAGUUCCCAUGCAGACGUUUUUUAAAGAUGACGCGUCUAUUUCUGUCCCCUCAGUGGGUCACGGGGAGGUCGCGGGGAGGUUUAAAAUAAAAAAAAAAAACUCCAGGGAUCCAUGAAUCAUAGACGAUGGCGUGAAGUUUGUGUUUUGAAACAUUAGAUUUUGACGGCAGUUUUACGCUCUGCCCGUAACAGUUCCAUUCUCUUUCCAUCUGCUAUUAUUUUCCUGUCGAGUUUGAACAUGAGAGUGGGCGUGGUGCACACGGUUGUUUGGGUGAUCACACACACACACACACACACACCCUUAUAAUCUAGUGUCUCAGCAAACAUGUUCUCACUGGUGCAGGAAAAAAAAAAGAACUGCAACAACAGACGUUUUUUUCCCCCCUUACACAACAUUAUACAUACUUUUUCUUUUCUUUUUUUUUUUUGCCAGCAACUCUAAAUUCCCACCAUGCCCAGCGCCUCCUGAACUGUGCCUGUAACAGAUAAGUGAGCUGUGAAGCACAGAGACAGGCUUAGCAAUGGGACGCUGGCACCAGGCUCUCUGCCGGUCUGGGCAGCGCCGUCGGCCGCGGACGCGCCAAACCUGAUCGGACGCCGUCGUUCUCACACGUGCAGCGGCAGCUGCUGAUCAGUCUGUCGCAUUCCGAGACGGGAAAAAGACAGGAAGUGAGCAUGUGUCUGCUGCUCAUGCCUUUUCAAUUUGUUUGACUGAGCUGAGCUGAGGAUGAAAAUGCGGCGGCACAGGGUGUUCUUGCUGUGCACGGUGGGCCUGUGCGUCAUCUCCUUCCUCCACUACUACAAGGCCCUCCACUAUGUCUCCCUGCUGCGCGAGCUCUCCGCUCCCUACCCCAACAUCAAGUCCUUCAUCAUGGUCACGGGCUUCUUCUGGAGGGAGAAGGGCGUUUCAGCUGCACCGCUCAGCCCGGCGUCUCCGGAGGAAGCGCCACCUUUACCUGCUCUCCGUCAGUCGGAACUCCAGUCUAGAGGCGGGGCCGGUUCUGCGGGAGGAGGGAGAAUUGGUAACGUCGUAGAAGAAGGACCGGGGAUGGAGAUGAGGCAGAGAGAUCUCCCGGCGGCUCCUCACCCCUGGGAGAAACCAGAGGAGUUUCUGAGAGGAGACGCUGCAGAGCAGGAGAGACCCAACCAACCCGCCGGUCCUUUCCUCCCAGAGGCCCCAGAGGAUCACAGGGUCGUGUUUCCCAAGGAGAAACACCGCGACCCCAUAGAAUCAAUGGGCGAUCUGCACAAACGUACAUUCCAGCUUCACGACGACAAGACUUCGUACUUUGCCCGAACCAAAGCUGGAGCGCUGUGCUUUCGACAGGGGACGGAGGUGGCUACCAAGGAGUACACUGGGAAAUCAGGGGGCGCGGUGACCAACGGAGCCGGCGAAGGUUCUUGGACCGGGGCCGGUGGCCAACGCAGGAUUCUGGAAGUUCAGCAGCAGCCCUCCGUUGCACCGAAGGCCAAGAUGAGAUCGAGAGGCAACGGGAAGCGGCUGGUGAAGUGCGUGUGUCGAUCAGGGUGGCACGGACCCUACUGUGGCGUUCCCACCAUGGUGUAUCACUCCAAUCUGCCGACCAAGGAGAGGCUGAUACCGAGAGAGACCCCGCGGAGGGUGAUCAACGCCAUCAAUGUGAACCACGAGUUUGACCUGCUGCACGCACGAUUUCACGAGCUCGCCCAAGCCGUGGAUGUGUUUCUCAUAUGUGAAUCCAACUUUACCGCCUACGGCGAGAGACGGCCCCUGAGGUUCCUGCAGCUCCUCCUCAAUGGUACCUACGACUACAUACGGCACAAGAUCCUGUAUGUGUUCCUGGACCAUUUCCCAGAGGGCGGCCGUCAGGACGGCUGGAUCGCUGAUGACUACUUGCGCACUUUCCUGACUCACAACGGCAUGUCGAGAUUGGUCAACGCCAGGUCCGACGACGUCUUCGUCAUCAACGAUGCCGAUGAAAUCCCGGCGCACGAGGGACUCAUUUUCCUCAAGCUGUUCGAUGGUUGGACAGAACCCUUCGCCAUCCACAUGCGAAAGUCACUGUACGGAUUUUUCUGGAAGCAGUUUGGCUCUCUGGAGGUGAUUUCAGGUUGCACGGUGCGGAUGCUGCAGGAACUUUAUGACAGUGACGGUAUUAAACUGCGGCGACGCGAGUAUUACUCCAUGCCCGGUUUCCGUAAGUAUGAGAACGACACGGGCCACAUUCUGGUGCAGUGGUCGCUCGGGAGCCCCUUCCACUACGCCGGGUGGCACUGCUCCUGGUGCUUCACGCCGGAGGGCAUCUACUUCAAGCUAGUGUCUGCUCAAAACGGAGACUUCCCGCGAUGGGGCGACUACGAGGAUAAGCGAGACCUCAAUUACAUCCGUGAUCUGAUCCGGACGGGAGGUUGGUUCGACGGCUCCGUGCAGGAGUACCCUCCUGCGGACCCCAAAGAGCACAUGUACGCCCCUAAGUACAUGUUGGAGCACUAUGACAGAUACUCUUACCUCCUAGAGAACCCCUAUGCUAAAGCAUCCAGACUGAGCGAGCGUUAGGAGGUCGGCCGAGCAGGGGACCCCCUGGUGGACGGAGCUAAGCGGUACUGAUGAACUACAUGACUCUUUGGAAAGAUACUUCCUGUCUCUCCACCAGGCAGCACUCAUGUUGCAGGGAUUUAAAUAUCUCUUGAUAUUUUCUUUUUUCGUUCGGAGGAAGUGUGAAAAAUAGGACCACGAAAUAACAUUUCACCAUGGAUUAAAGGAAGGACACGUAGAGGAAACAACCACUGGAAAACAACAAUUAAAGAUUUCUUCUUUCCUUCCCUUUGAGGGGAGGAGAGUCAAACGAUGUCUCCGUAUGCCGUCCCUCCCCUGUCCUCCCAUUCUUUCUCCCAAUCUGAUUGGACGCGCCUGCUGUCUGAUGCAGGCGACUGAAGCCAGUAGGGCGGAGACAAAAACCACGGGGAGGACUGUUUUCUUUCUGUCUGUCUUUGCUUACGUUUACAAACGGCCUGAUGUUCACACUCCACUCUUCGCCUUCGGAUGUCUUCCUGUCAUGUUUGACCUCUUCCCAGAUGCAGCCAUGCUCACACACACACACACACACACACACACACACACACACACAUACACAUGGUCCCUGGUAGAAAAGUCAUGAAACGUAUUUAAGUCCUGUCGGAGCGCCCUCUGCCAAAUGAUUCUGAACAACUCCACGGAGUUUAAACUGAGCGCCGGCUCGUCCACGUGCACCUUACACCUGACCGAGCGUUCGGAUUUGUGUGUGUGUGUGUGUCUUUGAUUUGUCCGUGCGUCGUUGUUGUUGUGAGAUUUUUUUGGGGCUGUGAUCGAGGGAGUCCAUCAGUCGGGGGAGACGGGUGAGGCAAAAAAAAA